GAAACGGACGAAGUAUCUUGCAUACAAUCUUUUCAAAAAGAAAAAAAAAAGAAAAGAAGAAAAAGGGAUAGCUUGCUUGCAUGGAUCAGCUGACCGGCCAGUGAACACUAGUGCCAAAUGCAGUAGAUCUCCAUCAACUGUCUCUCUCUAGCUAGGGCAUCCACAACUCCACAUCAUCACUGUGUCAAAAAAAAAAACACAGUCUACUGACAAGUAUCUUUCAGAAAAGCGAGCGAGCUAAUUAUAAGGAAGGGAAAUAAAAAGGUGACCCAUGAACAUAUAUAUCCGGUCGAUCAAUCACUCGAUCUCGUAGGGAAUUAAGUCCACGGUCCACCCUACCUCUCAUGAGAUGAUGAUGAUGAUGAUUGUUAUUAUUGAUGAUAGCUCGCACUAUCAACUUUGGGUGUAAUUGACAUGUUGUCUGCUCGGUGGUAGCACGAUUUGGAAUUUCAAAUCGAUCUCUCUUGAGUUUCAGGUAUUUUAAUUUGGUACUAGUUACUAGUGGAUCAAAUCAAGAAAAAGAGUAAAUAUGCUAGCUUUCCCUCAAAAUCUCUCAAAAUUUCAUGUUUUUUUCCAUACAUCGUGACAUCUUUGACAACAGAAGAUAAAAGAAAUUAAGGCUUGUUUGGUUUACUGUCAUGUUAAAAUGUUGACAAUGCCAAAAUAUAGAUAAAUUUUAGUAGUGCCAUUUUUUUAGCAACUUAUAUGUGUUAUUGGGCAUAUUUUGAUAGCAAACCGAACACUAGCUAAAAUUCUAUUCAAAGUACCAACAAUUUGGUAGGACAUAUAUAUAUUUUGGAAUCAAAACCAAAAUGGUCCUUAUUGUUUAAAGUUUAUUUGAACAAAUUUCUGGUUACCAUAUAUAUCCACAGUUAUUUUUGCCAGUCCCUGAAAAAUUCACCCCAAAUCAAUGAAAAUUCUCUAGGCUUUGACUGGCAGUAGGUGUGGCAGAAAGAGCAGUACAUAGCUAAAGCCUAAAGGCAUGUAGCCCCCCUGGAGAAGUGCCCUGGCCCUAUAUAACACACAGCACAAAGGAGCCCCCUUUCCCUCCCAUCUUCUUCCUUCCAUACAUCCAUCCAUCCAUCCAAGUCUCUUCCUCACCAGCUACCAGCAGCCAUGGCCACAUGAGAGAGAUCUCUAGAGAGAGAGAGAGAGGCCAUUGUUGCUUGCAGUAGAGUUGCAAAGAAGGCUAGCCUAGCUAUACCUACUACUAGCUAGUAGAGCCUUGUUGGGCUUGGGAGUAAGAACAAGGUCGCCAUCCAACCCCAACUCCAUAUAUCCAUCCCGCACGGUUGCACAGUUGCACUCGUUCGUUCGUUCGCUCGCGCCAUUAUUGCUCUCCCUCCAUAUUGCUAGCUAGCUACCACCAUAAGCUGUAGCUAUAGCUAUAGCUAGCUAACCUCUCUCGAGAUCUCGGAGAUAUCAUCUCUGGCCAUGAAGCCGUCGCCGUCGACGGUGGCGGCGUUCUACGGGACGCUGGCGAGGGGGCUGGACGAGCUGGAGCGGUCGCUGGCGGCGUCGUCGGCGGCGGCGGAGUUCGUGUCGGCGGCGUCGCUGCGGGCGGCGCUGGCGCUGAUCCGCGCGGCGCACGCGGGGCUCGCCCGGCUCGUCGGCUCGCUCCACCUCCCCGGCGGCGCCGCCUGGCUCGACGAGUACAUGGACGAGACCUCCCGCCUCUGCGACGCCUGCCGCGCCCUCCGCCUCGGCGCCGCCUCCCUCGAGGGCUACUCCGACUCCGCCUCCCGCCUCGCCUCCGCCCUCCGCUCCUCCCACCUCUCCUUCGAGGUAACGAGGGCGAUGUCGGCGUGCAGGAGGGACGCCAUGGCGAUCAGGGAGGAGAACAGGGUGCUCGUGGAGACGCGCGCCGAGGCGCUGGCGCUCCGCCUCGCCGAGACCAUCCCGCCCGACGCCAAGUUCACCGGGUUCAACGGCUUCCGCGGCGUGCUCUGCGCGACCAGGAUGCUCACCUCCUUCCUCCUCACGCUCCUCUCCUGGGGCGUGCUCCACUACUGGCCCGACGCCGGCGGCGCCGGCGGAGCCACCGACUGCGGCGCCUACUUCGGCGCCGCGUUCGCGUCGGCGCUCGCCCGCGCGCAGCAGCGCGCCGCGGCGGCGGCGGCGGCGGUGUCGCCCUCCGUCGUCGACGCAGGGGGAGGCGCGAUGAUGCACGAGUUCCGGCGCGCCAGGGCGGCGGUGGAGCAGGCCAGGGACGCCGUGGACAGGGCCGGCGACGUCGCGGCGGCGGCGGCGGAGGUCGCCCUGCGCGCCGACGCGCUGAGGUCCGGGUGCGAGGACGUCAUCGCCCUGAUCGACGACCUAUUCGACGAGGUCGCCGAGGGGAGGAAGAAGCUCCUCGACCUCUGCAGCGGCGGCGGCGGCAACUAACCAUCAGCUAGCUAGCAGCGCGGCGGCCGCCAUGGCAGGCACACCACCUGCUUGCUUGCUUGCCUCUGCUGCUUUCUUGGCUGUCCUCCUCUUCACUCUUCAGCUUGCUUCUGCUCCUUGGGUUCUUGAGCUAUUAACACUAGUUGCACACUCUUGUCUUGCACAUGUCUGAUCAUAAAUGGCAUUAGCAGAAAUGGACUCAAAA